AUGCCCUUCCUCUCGAGAAACCUGCGAAACCUUCGAUACCGACCAUGGUACAGCGUUUUAGUAGUAGCGUGGCUGGGGUUUUGCCAUCCGGGGAUGUUUUCUGCGCUCAAUGGUCUGGGUGCCUCGGGAGAAGAAACGCCAGCGUUGUCUAACACGGUGAACGCCGUGGUGUUUGGGUCCCUCACAGUGGGCGGAUUCUUCACUGGUAUUUUGUGCAAUUAUAUUGGUGUCCGAUGGGUUCUCACCAUCGGCUCUCUUGGAUACGCCCCUUACGCCGCCGCAUUGUACACUAACGCGGCGUUCGGAAACACAUGGUUUCCAAUCCUGGGAGGUCUUCUUUGUGGAAUCAGCGGUGUCCAUCUGUGGACCGCAACAGGCGCGAUCAAUCUCACUUUCCCGGAAGUCCGCCAUAGAGGGCGAGCUGUUGCGACCAAGUUUGUGUUCCAGAACUUCGGAGGUUUCAUUGGGGGCAUCAUAUCAUUUGGGAUCAAUGCCUCUGGAUCCACCAGAGGCCGGGUUUCUGAUGCGACCUAUUUCGCUUUCACCAGUAUUAUGUGCCUCGGCUUGAUACCAGCACUUACUGUGCCUCGCCCGGAUCAAGUGGUGAGGAAGGAUGGCUCCCACAUUGCCGCUCACAAAUUCCAGUCGUUGCAGGAGGAGUUCAUUGGCCUGAAGCGCAGCUUGGUCAGCAUCAAUUUUCUGCUCCUGCUGCCUUAUAUCCUUUACUGCCAAUGGGACCUGGCAUACAUGUGGACCUGGAAUGCUGCUUACCAUAGCGUCCGCGCACGAGGUCUUCUUUCCGCCUUCUUCUAUCUCAUCGGACCCACCAUUAUCGGUCCAAUUCAAGGAUACCUUCUUGACAGAACGGUAUGGACUCGGCGGUCAAGGGCAAAGGUCGGUACCACAUUAUUUGCAGUGCUCUCGCUCCUGAUAUGGAUAUAUGGUCUCGUGGUCCAAUAUCAGUACGACAACCGCGACCCUACCACGGUCAUCGACAUCCAUGACCCCGUAUUCGCCAAGUCCUUCCUCCUGUUCGUACUUUAUGGCCUGCUCGAGAAUUCGUCCAUGAUAAUUCUAUACUGGAUCAUUGGAUCUCUCGGCCUUCCUCCUGGCGAGCUUGCCUCACUAGUUGGACUCGCAGUUGGAAUGGGUUCAGCCGGGUCGACAGCCGCGUUCAUCAUCGGCGCGAAGAACGUUGCGCUUAAAUGGCAGCUCUGGGCCAAUGUCAUUACCUUUUUCGUUGGAAUUCCUGGUCUGCUGUACGUUGCAUGGUUCCGUGUGGCCGAGGACUCCGCCCUGGAUGCGGCCACAUCGAAACGAGUGUUCGAUGACAACUCAUCAUCCACUGGCGACGGUGUUGAACCCAGUUUCGAUGCAAAGCUUGUCCCAGCCGAUGGAGCAGUCCUAGUUGCUCCUGAACCCACCAGGUUUUCGAAGGAGCUUGCUCAUACAAGAACGAAUGGGAUAGAAUGA